AGAGUAGAAAAUUACAGAAACAUUGAGAAGGUAGCAAAAACCCAAACCGAAAACACCCAUAAAGCUCAGCUCGUUAAGCACUUGAAGACUUUGAGCUACUAAUCUCUGAAGGAAAUUUGGCUGCCCUUUGAACUGUUCGUUAAGGGUUGAAGAGUUUAAUCCAACAGAGGAGUAUGGUGGGAAUUGCAUAUCCUCUUGGUUUUAUGUCCAUCAGUGGCUAUGUCAGCCCAAACAAAGAGUUUCACUGGCUGGCUUCAGCUCUUUUUGGCAUGCUUCUCUGCAGAAUUGUUUACAAAUUAACUGGUCUUAUUAGCCUUCAUAGCUUCAAGGGAUAUCAGAAACUGACCAAAGCAGAAAAAGUUGAAUGGAACAACCGGGGUUUCUCAACUGUUCAUGCUAUUGGUGUAGCAGUUGCAUCUUUCUACCUUAUACUGUUAUCAGAUACAUUUCAUGAGGAUUCUAGUGAUGUGCUGAUCAUUAGUAGAAGAUCUACUUUGUCAGAUACAACAUUGGGGAUCUCCAUUGGUUAUUUUCUGUCAGACAUAGCAAUGAUUUUUUGGCACUUUCCUGCUUUAGGUGGACUGGAGUAUGUUUUGCACCAUGGACUAUCUAUGUUCUCAAUCUUCCUUUCCCUUAUAAGUGGUGAAGGGCAGAUUUACAUACUAAUGGUUCUGUUCUCUGAGAGCACAACUCCUUUCGUAAACCUAAGAUGGUACUUGGACAUUGCUGGUAAGAAGAACUCUAACCUGUACGUCUGCAAUGGGAUAGCAUUGUUCCUGGGGUGGCUGAUUGCAAGGAUUCUUUUGUUCAUUUACUUUUUCAUCCACAUGUUUUUCCAUUUUGAUCAAGUCAAGACAAUUUUCCCAUUGGGAUUUUACAGCUUGCUCUCAAUACCUCCUGUGUUGGCAAUGAUGAAUUUGUUUUGGUUUUGGAAGAUUGCCAAAGGUUUGAUCAAAACAGUUUCGAAGGCAAAACACAAGAACAUACACAGUCAGUGAUCCUAGCUAGUAAUUCAAAGCAUUUGACUGAUUAUGGGGCAUAGGUUUUUGUCACAACUUCCACUUUCCAGUUGAAAGAUUUGGUUUUGCAACUUCCAAUGGGGCAAAAAGGGAGAAUGCAUGAUGUGAGUUCUCAAGAGAAGA